AUGGGGGAACACUUUGUAUUGUUGGUGGAUCGAUUAAUCACCGAAUCCACGUUAGAAGCUGCAAUUGAGAGCAGGAACCGGUCGAUGCAAGCCACAUCCUCAGCAAUCGACAAAGCUAAAAUUGAUGGCUGUUGCCAGAAAAUAAUAGAUGUUCAGGAUAUAUCAUCCUUAACUGGGAAGCUAGUAGAAUGCAGAAUAUGCCAGGACGAGGAUCAAGAUUCAAACAUGGAGACACCCUGCUCUUGCUGUGGCAGCUUAAAGUAUGCGCACCGCAGAUGUGUACAGAGGUGGUGCAAUGAGAAAGGUGACACAGUGUGUGAGAUAUGCCACCAGCAAUUCAAACCUGGUUAUACAGCUCCUCCUCCACUGUUUCAAUUCGGGCGUAUACCUAUGAACUUCAGGGGAAACUGGGAGAUUUCGCAAAGGGACAGCCCGCGCAUUAUAGCAAUGGUUUCAACCGACCGUGCUUUCCUGAAUACUAAUCCUGACUACGAUGAGUAUUCAGCUUCUACUGCAAGAAAUGUGUUAUGCUGUCGUUCACUCGCUUUCAUCUUCAUGAUCCUGCUGAUUCUACGGCAUACGCUUCCUCUCAUAAUCAAUGGAAACAAAGAAUACUCUUUCCCAUUCGUUAUGUUGUUGCUUUUACGAACUCUUGGGAUUGUGCUGCCAAUAUAUGUAAUUUUGAGGGCAGUAACUGCUAUUCAGCGCCGCCGAGGCCAUCAAGAUCUUUCCACUUCCUCUGAUGAAGAAACAGAACCUUCAAUCCUUCAGCCUGAGCUUGAGCCCCAACCCCAUGUCAUUCGUGUUCACUAA